CUCACUAUAGGCUAGAUUUCUGAGUCUGAUGAGCAAGCAGAGGCUUCUUUAUUUCGUGUCGGAGUGGGCAGAGGGGAAGAAGUCUUGCAUAUGAGAUGUCAAUUGAAAGACCGUCCGUUUAUUCUGCUUUGGUCGAUUUAAACUGUAGCCCUAAAAGGGACCGACUGCGCCUUGCCCAAGAGCGUAGGGAGGAGAAAGAGAGGAUUCAAGCGGCGCGAGAGCGGGCAUUGCUGGCGAAGGAGCAGCGGGCACAGCGGCAGCUGGAGCGCUCGGCGGAGGAGCGAGGGCGACGUCUGGACGAGCAGAGGCAGCGGGAGGAGCUCCGCAGGGCGGCCGUGGACCACAAGAGGAGGCAGCAGGAGGAGCUGGAGAAGGAGCGACUGGAGGCUCUGCUGCGGCGUUCCCUCGAGCGCGGACACACCAUGGACCAGAGACCCAAGCGCUGGACCUGGGGCGGCCAGCCCGGAGACUGCCAGGGUGACCAUAAGAGUGGCCUGCCCGCUCACUCCCUAGCCCAUGACCCUGCGUCCGCCAACCCCGCCCGGAUGGUGGCUGAUUUCAUGACCUUGUCUGAGUCUCAGGACUCGUCCCUCAACAAACGCCUGUCCUCCUCCUCCGCCGCAUUACCCAGUGUCACAGAGAGAGCUUCGCCCAGCCCCCACCGCUCUCCCUACAGGGGUUCCCCCAGCCGAGCGGACCGCAAGAAGAACAACAGCGCCGGCACGCCGGGGCCCGUCAUGGAACCCAAAGAACCGCCCAAGGAACCCAAGAUGGCUCAGAUGGAGAAACAGGUUGGAUGCACCACCCCCACCCUGAUAGACCCAACCCCCAAACGUCUUGAAUCCCCCACCACACCAACCAAAUGUGCCUCUACCAAGACACAGAAGCAUCAUGGCACCCCCAAAAGCAGGGUCAGAUCGUCCAAGAGCCGCACCCAGUCCCCCUGCUCCACCGGACAGUACCCGCCGUCCCCGAUGAGGCACCGCGCCUCCACCCCGUCCGACGGCCCCCGCAGGCUGGAGGGCGAGGAGAAGGCCGCCGCCGAGACCCGCGGCACCGGCACCCUGGAGAGGAAGGCCUCCAGGUCCGACAACGCCGAGCGCAAAAUGCCCAAGUCUGCCAGUCGGGAUCUCGGAGACCGCAACGCAGAGUCCCCAGGUACCCCCACAGGGAAGUCCCACUUUGCGGGCACCACUGAUGCGGAGGAGGCGGCCCGACUGCUGGCCGAGAGGCGUAGACAGGCCCGCGUGCAGAAGGAGCUCGAGGACAAGCAGCGCGCCGAGGACGAGAGGCUGCGUGCGGAGGAGGAGGUGCGUGAGCAGCAGGAGGCGCGGGAGCGGCAGGAGCAGGCGGCGCUGUGUGCGGAGCAGGAGCGCAAGCGUCAGGAGGAGGCGCGGCAGCAGAAGGAGCUGGAGGACCGCCGCCAGAGGGAGCGCCGCUGGCAGGAGAUCCAGGACCAAUGGGAGAGAGAGAAAGAGGAGGCGGUGCUGCGGGCGCACCGGGAGGCGGAGCGAAAGCGACAGGAGCGAGAGCUCGUCAAGAUCCAGGAGGAGCAGGAGAGACUGCAGAGGAAGAAGAGGAUUGAGGAGAUCAUGAAGCGGACACGGAAAAGCGAAGAACCAAAGAGAGAGGAUGUGCCCGUGGAGUCGCCAUCCCCCGAGACGGCGCAGGAGUGCAGAGACAUGAAGCAGGCCAGUGUGGACCUGCAGCAGCAGACGCCAGAGCCUGUGGGCGCGGGCCAGUCUCCCCUCAUCAGCCUGGAGCCCCUGGAGGCUAAGCUCUGCGGCGCCGACGACCUCUCCGAUGGCGUCCAGUCUAUGGACGUUAGCCCUGUCUCACGAGAUGAGCUCGUCUCUGUAGCAGACUACUCCCCUGUCCACGAGGCCCCCCAGAAUAGCAUGAGCAAUGCCAAGGCACUGGAGGAUCUGCUGGAGAGUACAGGCCAAGCCGCCUACCCCAGAGUCCCCUCCGCAGCCACCACGCUCGGGGACCUCAAUAAGAACCUGCCGGAGGGCUUCAGCAGGGCCGGGGCUGACCCUCAGCUGAUCCAGAGCUCCGACUCUGACAAGCUUGGCAUCUAAGUAACCAGGGUGUGUCGGUGACUCUUGGCCAAUGGGAGAAGAGGAGGAACUGUAUCAGCCAAUCAGCGUCACCUCUCCAACCUGCAGGAAAACCCCACCACUCCUCGUCCCCAAGACUCUCGGAUGCAAACGCAGAGAGCACACACUGAAUGUUAUCAACAGUUAACUCACUCUGACAGAACACACGGAAACAUACACCAAACACAUCUUGUGCACAAAGACCAACGUGCAAUCUACACAAAAGCAUACACAAAAGCUCACACACAAAAACGCUUUGCCUCUCUGUCAGAGCAGUUCUAUUUCAGAUUACUCUAUGACAUAUGCUGCCUGUGCAGUUCAAUGUAAUAUACUGUAGCAACUCUAUAUUCAUCUCACCCUCCCUAGCAUUUGAUAGGUGAGCCCACCAUUUAGUCCUGUAGCAGUUCAACAUUUCUUUUGAUGUAUUACGCUGUCUUGAGAGUAUUCUGACCAGCAGUCUUACAGUGCACUGUAGAAGUAAAUUUGUGUAGCGUCUAUAUGGUGUGUUGUAUCAUAUGGCUGGGGAAAUGUUGCAAACUUUACUGGAUGAUCAAGAAUUACAUUUCUGAUCACAAUCAAGGCUAUGUAGACUAAUAAGUAUGCAAAAUGUCAUGCAAGCAUACAGUGAAUAAAAAUAUAACAUAAUACACUAUUACACCAUGUCACAUCAUUGUAAAUAACAACAACAAUAACAACAACAACAAAAUGAGAAUUGAAAGGCCAUGAUGUGUGCAGUUAGAAAUUGUCUUUUGAACAGACAUGAAAAAAGAAACUGUGAAUGGCUCCUCGAUCCUUUUUGUUUUCAGACUCUGUUAUUGAACUGUGGUUUGAACACUGUAAAAAGUUGCACUGUAUUAUCCUGUGUCCAGUUGCUCAUGUUGCUUUAUAUUUUGCUGUAAACUCUGCUGCUGCUGCUGCUCAUGACUCUAGUGUAGUGUCGGGGAGAUCAUGGAGCCAAGCCUGUUAUGCAAAAGAGUGUACCGCAUUGAAAGACUCUGCAAGUAUAUCUGCAAAACCCUACAAAUGUACAAAUGUGCCUCGUAGAGUGCCACAAAUGAAAAGGUUCACAAUGUGUAAAGAAAAACAGCCCUCACCAUGAUGUUCCUUGUAAAGACUGCCCUGUCGUCCAUGCUGUAUUGCGCAGGAAGGCAGGGUGCAGCAUGUGUGCUUUGUGCAGUUUUUCAUCUCCUGGUGAGGUCCUCAAGAUACAGGUGGCAGAUUCAAAUCAGUUGUGUAUAGUAUGACAUAUUCCUCCAGAUGUAAAUUGUUUAGGACCAAUCAGGGUGCAACUCCCUGUCAUAGACAGAAUGAACAGCCGUGUUGUGUGCUGCAAAGGUAGAUUGACUGUCUACUCUGUCCAGCUGUCUCUCUGUCCACCCGUCUUCAUCUGAUCACCCCCCCCAGCCCUAAUACCCCCCCCCCUCACAUCCCUGCCCAAUCAUCCUACUGUUGACAUGCUAAGAAUUCUCAUCAGUUUUACUGUGGAAUAUGACAGAAGAAAAAACAUAUUUUAUCUUGAAUAUUGGAAAGUAAAACUUGGUUCAUUUCUGCUUUGUGGAAUAUGUAGACAAACGCAUGGAUCUUCAGCACUGGGGGAGAGCAUUAAUAAAACACUGAUUGGUCAUA